AUGGCUUUGGAAGCAACGGUAAUUUGUUUGGAUAAUUCAAACUAUUCAAGAAAUGGGGAUUAUGGGACAUCAAGAAUGCUCCAGCAACAGGAUGCAACCAAUUUUCUUUCUGGUGUAAAAACUCAACAGAAUCCUGAAAAUCUUGUUGGAAUAUUAUCAAUGGCAGGGGAAAGAAUUGAAUUGAGAGUAACGCCAACAUCGGAUUUAAGCAAGACAAUGCAUGCAAUGGAUGGAAUUCGACUUAGUGGGAAAAUUGAUUUGCUAAGAGGAAUACAAAUUGCGCAAUUGGCUCUAAAGCAUAGACUUAAUAAGAACUUAAGGCAAAGAAUUGUCUGUUUCGUUGGUAGUCCAUUAGAGGAUGAUUUAACUGAGAAGCAGCUAGAAAAGCUAGGGAAAGUUUUAAAAAAAAACAAUGUUUCUAUUGAUAUUAUUAGUUUUGGAGAGAUCCUUGUGAAUAGAGAAAGGCUUCAAGCUUUGGUGAAUGCUGCGAAUAAUGAUAAUACUAGUAAUUUCGUUGAAAUUGCUGCUCCUACAAAUUUAACUGAUGCUCUUAUGUCGUCUCCCAUUGUUCUAGGAGAGGGUGCCUCUUCUAGAGUCGAUGCGGAUGGAUUUGGUGAAACUAAUGGAGAUAUGUCUGGAUUUGAGUUUGGAAUCGACCCUAAUGCUGAUCCUGAGCUUUAUAUGGCCCUCAGAAUGUCAAUGGAAGAGGAAAGAAACCGUCAGAUGAGGCUUGAAGGUAAUUCUGCAAGAAAUUCUUCAUCUGCAGAUGCAGGUAGCUCAACACAAGGGCAAUCUACAACAACUAAUAACUUUGAUUCUAUUCCAACUAUUAAUGAGAUUAAUGCAAUGGAAGUUGAUGAUGAGCUUAGGCAAGCCCUUCUACUUUCUAUCCAAGAUUUUUCUGGAAAUGAAUCUAACAAUAACAACGAUAGUAACAGUAAUCAGCCACAAGAUACAUCUUCGUCUGAAAAUACAUCUAAUGUUACUAUAAAUUCUAAUCAUGGGAAUAACGCUGAUUCUGGAAACUCAAACAAUCCGAACUCUAUUGAAGGACUUAUCCAAGGAAUACCAGGAGUAGAUAUCAAUGAUCCAAGAAUCCAGGAUGCUUUGAGGCAACUUAAGAAUGACCAAGAAGAUAAAAAAGAUAAGCAAUAG